AUGGCAACGGAGUUCCAUACACGAGCAAAAGAAAAGAUGACAGCUCGCAAGUGGCAACUUGACGAAGCGGAAUCGUUGGUGCUCGGCCUCGACUCUUCCUACAUCGCUGGUACAGGGGCUGGCAAGACCGUACCGUACAUGCUCCCGCUCUUUCUACCCGAGUUCCGCUCGAAAGUCCUCGUUGUUGUAUCACCACUAAAAUCAUUACAACGAGAUCAGACGCGCCGCUUUCGGCACAUGGGCAUCGAAGCAUGUGCUGUCAAUGGUGACACAUGGUCUGAGAGCCUCCGAAAGGACCUAUUAGCAGUCAAAUACCGUGCUGUAUUUACAUCGCCAGAGAUGUGCCUUGAGCAUCCUGCGUGUCGCGAGACGAUGUCCCAGUUGGGACUGUCCGAACGGAUCGGCGCAUGGGUCAUCGACGAAGCUCACUGCAUAUCGCAGUGGGGAGGGGAUUUCCGGCCGACGUACGACAAACUCGACAAACUACGAGCAAUUGUCCAUGGCCGAACACCAGUUCUCGCACUCUCUGCAACACUAACUCCAUCAGUACUCGAAGAAAUCGAGACGAAGACUCACAUUGAUCCCAUGACAUCAUACCACCUGAACCUGGGCAACGACAGACCAAACAUCAAGCAGGUAGUUGUCGAGAUGAAGAGCAAGGAUGAUCUAGACAUACUAGACACAGUUCUUGAUCUCGAGAGCAUCUCUGCAUCAACCGAAGUCCCAAAGACCCUCAUCUUCGCGAACACGCGGGCCGCGACUAUGCAGAUCUGGCGUCACAUUCGCGAGAAGCUCAAUGGGCGAAUGGAUGAAGAUCAGAUCGACUUCUUACAUGCCUAUAGACGACGUCGCGGCAGGGAGCGUGUCAUGCAACGCUUUCGAGAGGGUGAUAUAAGGAUUCUUGUCGCAACCGAGGCGGCGGGCAUGGGAGCAGAUAUCCCUGACAUCGAACGUGUUGUACAGUUCGGUGUCCCAUCAUCGUUGACCGUGUGGAUACAACGUGCGGGGCGGUCUCCGGAUAUUCAAGCCGUAGCAAUCCUGCUUGUGGAGAAAUCAGCAUUUCAGCAGGUAGCUACGAAAAAACGCAAGAAGAAGGCGCACGAGACGACCGCAAACGCCGUUGUCAGUCAGCCAGAAAAGACUUACAAGAUGAAUGUCGAAAACGCGCUCCGUGUAUGGCUUGAAACGCCUAAUUGCAGGCGCGUCAUCACUGAUGAGUACUUCAACAACCCACCAAGAGAUAGUACUGAACUUAGGGAAAACUACUGA